UUAAAAAGUCUCUAAAAGUUGAAAUUGAAUACACCCGUAAGUCACGACCAAAGUAACAGAUCCAGAAACUGCAGUUCUACGCAGAUCUGAAACAAACGAAUUUUACCCUCGCCAAGGUGGACGACCCCCAAACCGGCAACCGUAGGUCCUCAACACCCUCCACCCCCAAUACCACCGACGACCCUGGCCAGAACACAAAACUUAAACUACGACCCAACCCCUCCGGCCAUCCCCUCAGCCCAACGCUAGGGAAGAAAAGGACACGGGGGGAAAAGAGAUCUCCGACCUUCGCCCCGACCACUGCAAAAAAAGGUAAUCGAAGUCGCAGCUCUCACCCAGAGAAACGCCGUAAACCCACCACCGCAAAGACGUCGGGGAGUCGUCGGACCCCCGCCUUACCACGGUGACCAGACUGAGUGCAGAACCUACUCGGGGGACGACACGCCACCUCCACCAGCGAAAAAGAAGCAGUCUCGGGCGAUGAUUCUCUGAGAGCAGAGCCGCAAGCCCGUUGAUGGCUAUUGGGCCGAAAUACUAAUAAAAAGUUGGUAUAAAAACGCUUUUUAUUUUAAAAUUAAAGGGCUGACAGACGGUGAAAAUGGUACAAUAUUAGGUGCGAACACCUUUACAAUCGCACUUCGCACACGAAGGCUAAGCAUAGAGGAAAAAGAAGAGCAAAAAAAAUGGCUAAAACUACUGUGUCUUCCAAACAGCUCGGCCGGUUCCGUGUUGAGCUUUCGAUUAAGUUCCAGUCAUCAGGCAUCAUUUGGAUAGUAUCAUCAUAUUCUACCAUGGAUAUAAGCAGUAACGAGGAGGAAGAGAUAUUUUCGCAUACGAAAAGGGUAAAAAAAUCCCAUGAAGAAAACCACGAUUUUUUUAGUGACUUGCCAGACUCGAUUCUGGUUCACAUUCUUUCCUUUCUACCGCUACGUGAUGCCAUCAGAACUGUUGUUCUUCCAAGAUUCGGUAAACUUUGGCUUAGCUUGCCGGUUCUUGAUUUGGACCACUGCACGUACCAUGAGUAUGAUGAAGAUGCGGAUGAGGAAAUUUGUGACUAUGAAAACUUCAUGCAUGUAGUUCAUAAGGUUUGGAAUCAUCAGGAUGAGAAUACGCUGGAUAAAUUGCACCUCAGGUUUGCCCUUCUGCUGUCUUAUUCACAUUACACUGAGUGUGAUCUUAAUAAUCCCAACGUUAGUGAUUAUGAAAGACGGAAGGUGGAAAAAGAGAGGGCCGCCUUAUAUCAAGUGGGGAAAUUAAUCAGUUAUGCCGUGAGCAGAAAAGUCAAGGUUUUGGAUAUCGAUCUUAAGGGCUGUGAGUUUAUUGAACAAUAUUAUGAGUUACCGGAUGUUUUAAGUACUGGAUACUUGACAAAUUUGCAGUUGGCCGCUUGUGACAUUAGAUCUUGCGAGCAAAUAAAUCUGUCGGCACUGAGAGUCUUGUUUCUACAUAGGGUUUUAUUGAGUGAUGAAGCCAUAGAAAGAAUCUUGAAUGGUUGCCCGUUUCUUGAGGAUCUGUCUGUGGUUGAUUGUCAUGGCUUUCGCCAGUUGAAUUCCAAGAACCCAAACUUGAAAAAGCUGAUGCUUUGUGUGGCCGUGAAUAGCUGGAUUGUGUUCGUCGAGUGUCCUCACGUAGUGUCAAUAGAAAUAUCUGGAUGGAUCGAUGGUGUGUUUUUGCAUCAUGUCUCAUCUUUGGUCGAAGCUUCCGUCCACUAUAGCUACUUGUUUAAAUGCAAGGACAAGGAUUAUUCUCUAGUGCGGGUCCUACUGUACAUGGUUAGAUGGUGCAGGACUUUCAGCAUAUGCACUUGGAGUAUUUUGAACGAAUUGUUGAAAGAGUACUUUCAAGAUAUGAUGUCAAUAUGCAAGUUGAAGAAUUUCUUUUGCCCACAGUUCCAGUGGAAGCAUAUCAAAGUUGAACUUGAUCUCUCAAAAUGGCACCUUCCUGGGCUUUUUCUCCUCCUGAGACGUUCUACUUCUCUCGUCACAGUGAAAAAGGGAGCCACCCUCGCGGGUGGCGUCGACAAAACCCUCGUACAGAUACGACGAAGCCCAGAGAAAAAAGGCAAAGAUGGCGCCAAAACAGCUAGGAACCCUAGAUCCGUUUUCAAUUGGGGUUUCUCAAUUUCUCCAAGUCCAGAAGCUGCAGGUCGUUUAAUAAAUUACAUUUGUGAAGUCGACUUAAAUACGUUUGUCACUGUGAUUGUAUCAUCCGUCUUAUGUUUCGCAUCUAACCAUCUAAUUUUGCACUUCAGCCUAUUCUGUGUUGAGAUUUCGAUUAAGUUCCAGUCAUCAGGCAUCAUUUGGAUAAUAUCAUCAUAUUCUACCAUGGAUAUAAGCAGUAGCGAGGAGGAUGAGAUAUUUUCGCUUACGAAAAGGGUAAAAAAAUUCCAUGAAGAAAACCACGAUUUUUUUAGUGACUUGCCAGACCCGAUUCUGGUUCACAUUCUUUCCUUUCUACCGCUACGUGAUGCUAUCAGAACUGUUCUUCUUCCAAGAUUCGGUAAACUUUGGCUUAGCUUGCCGGUUCUUGAUUUGGACAACUGUGUGUACCAUGAGGAUGAUGAAAAUACAGAUGUCGUGAUUUGUGACUAUGAAAACUUCAUGCAUGUAGUUCAUCAGGUCUGGAAUCAUCAUGAGAACACGCUGGAUAAAUUGCACCUUAGGUUUGCCCUUGCGCAAUCUUAUGCACAUUACACUGAGUCCGACCUUAAUAAUCCCAACCUUAGUGAUUAUGAAAGACGGAAGGUGGAUAAAGAGAGGGCCGCCUUAUAUCAAGUGGGGAAAUUAAUUGGUUAUGCCGUGAGCAGAAAAGUCAAGGUCUUGGAUCUCGAUCUUAAGGGCUGUGAUUAUAUUGAACAGUAUUAUGAGUUACCAGAUGUUUUAAGUACUGGAUACUUGAUGAAUUUGCGGUUGGUCGCUUGUAAAAUUAGAUCUUGCGAGCAAAUAAAUCUGCCGGCACUGAGAGUCUUAUCUCUGCAUAAGGUUUUUUUGAGUGAUGAAGCCAUGGAAAGAAUCUUGAAUGGUUGCCCGUUUCUUGAGGAUCUGUCUUUGUUUGAAUGUCGUGGCUUUCGCCAGUUGAAUUCCAAAAACCCAAACUUGAAGAAGUUGAUGCUUAGUCUGGCUUGGAAUAACUGGGUUGUGGCCGUGCAGUGUCCUCAUGUAGUGUCAAUAGAAAUAUCUGGAUGGAUCGAGGGUGUACGUUUGCCAAUAAAGGACAGGAAUCAUUUCUCAUCUUUGGUCGAAGCUUCCAUCUACUAUAGCAGCUUUUUUAGAGGCUGGGACAAACCUUAUUCUCGACUGCGGGUCCUACUGUUCAUGGUUCGCCGGUGCAGGACUUUCAGCAUAUGCGCUUGGAGUAUUUUGGUGUUGUCAAUAUGCAAGUUGAAGAAUCUCUUCUGCCCACAGUUCAAGUGGAAGCAUAUCAAAGUUAAACUUCAUCUCACAAAAUGGGACCUUCCCGGGCUUUCCUUCCUCUUGAAACUUUCUUCUUCUUCUCUCGUGGAACUUACCAUGCUUACCCUUGGUCAAAAUGACUCGUUCUUUAAGACUGUGUACACAAGAUGGAUUUGGGAAUAUGAUUUUGAUGGAGAGGGAUACUUGAACUCACAGAAAGCAACCUUACCCUACCUCGAGAGCAUUAGGAUACAUAGCUGCCAUAUACGCGACCCGUAUUUCAUCCAGAUUGUGAAAUUUCUGCUGAAAAUUACUCCCAGGUUGCAGAAAAUGGUAAUUUCAACCGAGAAAGAAUUUACCUCAGAACAACAACUGUUUGAGCUCUCGGAGGAGUUAUCAACGUCGCCUAGAGCCUCAUUGGAGGCAUUGGUGUGUAUCUCGUAAAAUCCCAUUAUGAAUUGCUACUUAUGGCCUCGUUAUUGCUUUUGAGGUGAAAUUACUUGAAAAAUGUGGCUUGUAAUCUCUGGAAACGGGAGAAUCAUUAGAUCACUUUCUUCUAUUAUGAAUGGGUCUUAAUUUAUGUGAUCUACUUUCUCAAAACUAGUAAUUACCC